AUGAGUGUAGGAGAACCCAGAGAAGUAGAAGAAGACCAAGAACUAAGCAACACUCCUGCGGUUUCAACACAAGAUGUCUCGAGCUCUGACUUGAACAGAUCGGAUUCUGAUGACGAUGAUGAUGAUACUGAGUACAACUCGAACGUUACUGAUAACAUGGCUUAUUAUGAUAGAGCUGUAGAAGAGAUCCGUCAAGGUGAUAUCUACACAUGUAUGAUUUGUACCGUUGAAAUGGAUUAUAGGUGUCAGAUGUACGCCUGUAAUCAUUGUUAUAGAGUAUUCGAUUAUGAUUGUAUAAGAGAGUGGGCUUUGAAGUCUACUGAGAGGACUGUGGAUAAGACGUGGAAGUGUCCAAAUUGUUCUCAUGUUAACAAGAAAGUGCCUGCGGCCAACAGGGCUACGUGUUGGUGUGGUAAAGUGAUUAACCCUGAUCCUAAUGAAUUAAAUCCAAAUUCAUGUGGACAAACUUGUGAUGCAAACAUUUGUGUCCAUGGUUGUUCCAAGAUGUGUCAUUUGGGACCUCAUCCUGAAUGUAUUAGGUCCGUGCAUAUCCGUUGUAGAUGUGGUAGGCAUACUAGGGAGAUCACUUGUUCUCAAGCAAAACAGUUCAAGGGGAAGCGUAAGUAUCAAUGUGAGGAGGAAUGUGGGUUGUUAUUAGCGUGUGGUAUUCAUAGAUGUAAGAAAGUUUGUCAUACAGGGAUAUGUGGAGCAUGUCCAGAGAUACUAUUAGCUGAUGAGUCUCAAGACGUGGCUAUCAAGUGUUACUGUGGUACAAACCAAUUAGAUAAAAUAUAUUGUAAAGAUGUUAAGAUUGUUAAUCAAUGUAAAUCAACUAAAGUGAAGGACUCUGAAGACGCGGUUGAUCCUUCACCAUUCGGUGUGUAUGCGUGUGAUGAGAUUAGAACGGUGGAGUAUUCAUGUCAUCAACAUUCAUUUGUUGAAAAAUGUAUUGUACUUCUAACGAAGUCGGGUACUAAGCCAUGUCCAUUCUCACCAAAAUUAUUAAAGACCUGUCCAUGUGGUAAAACUCCUUUGGUUAGCCUGGCUAAGCCUAGAACUAAGUGUACAGAUCCUAUCCCACAUUGUGACUCUCAAUGUGAUAAAUCAUUAAAAUGCGGUAAACAUAGAUGUCCAUUUACUUGUCACGAUGGUCCGUGUAUGGAUCCAUGUACUCAAAUCGAAAAAGUGAAAUGUUGUUGUGAACAGAGUACAUUUUUGGUUCCAUGUGGUCUACAUGAGAAACCACAUUGUAACUUAAAAUGUGAAUCCCUUAUGUCAUGUCGUCGUCAUAGGUGUUUAGACAGAUGUUGUUCGGGUAGACCUGCAGCAGAAGUGAGGAAAAAGACUCAUUUCAGGACAGCAGAUCUUGCUGAUGAAACGUUGGUAGAACCAGAACAUGUGUGUUUACAGGAUUGUAAUCUUUUAUUAUCGUGUGGUAAGCAUAUAUGUCAACGUAAAUGUCACCCAGGUAAAUGUCCGCCAUGUCUAGAGAGUGAUUCUAAUGAUUUGGUAUGUCCGUGUGGUAAAACCAUUGUUGAGGCACCAGUACGUUGUGGUACUAAAUUGCCACCAUGUCCUUAUCCGUGUAUUAAAGUAGUUCGUGGUGAAUCAGUAUGUGGACAUGUGCCAAUUGAACAUCCGUGUCAUUCAUUGGAUACACCAUGUCCUCCUUGUACUGCAAGUGUGUUUAAGCCGUGCAAGUGUGGUAAAGUUGAGAAAGUUAGAACUGUUUGUUUCCAAAAAGAUGUUUCAUGUGGUAAAAUAUGUAAUAAACCAUUAACUACUUGUGAACAUCUGUGUCAAAAGAAAUGUCAUUUGCCAGGAGAAUGUCAAACUAAAUGUAAACAAGUAUGCCAUCGUAAGCGUGUCGGAUGUGAUCAUUUUUGUGUCAGACCAUGUCAUAGUUUCACUGAAUGUCCCGAUACGCCAUGUACUGCAUUGAUCAAAAUUCAUUGUGCCUGUGGUAGACGUGCUCAAGAAGUUGUAUGUGGUGCAACAGCUACAGAGCCAAGUAAAGCGCUGGAAAAGGGAGACUCACAAUUACCUUGUGAUCAAGAAUGUGAACUUGUUAAGAGACAUGAACAAUUAAAGCUGGCAUUCGGAAUCUCCGACAAGUCAACAAGUGUUAAUGGUAUUGAAUUGGAUAAGUUACAUUCUUUGGCCAAUGUAGCACAAAGUUUUGAAGAAUUGCAAUUACCGUAUGGAGAGAGCACAGUAUCUACAUAUGCACGUCAACCAGAAUGGUGUGAACAAAUUGUCAUUGUAUUGAAUAAAUUGUUAGAUGAUAAAACUCGUGGAAGUCUACAUUUUAAACCUAUGCGUGCUUCAGCAAGACAUUUUGUUGUUGAGUUAGCCAAAUCAUAUGGCCUAUAUGCUGAAUCUCAGGAUCCUGAACCUAAAAGGUCAGUGUUUGUUAAGAAAGAACUGGGGUCUGUUAAGCCAACACUAUCGUUGGCUGAGAUUGUGCCGUUAUAUCAAUCUUUCAAGCAAGCUGAUAAAGAACGUAAGGCUAAAGAAUACGAGUCUCGAAGCACGACUACAUUGCUAAAUGUCAUUGCGGAUCCUGCGUCUUUAAAUUCAUCAUCAUCAUCAUUUGAGGCGGAAUAUACUGGGUUUAAGCUCCAAGAUGUCGCAGAUGGUGUGACGGAAGAAGAACUAUCUGCAAUGAUAGGACCAUAUUUUGAAGGCACAUUGAUUAACGACCCGCAAUUCCGUAUUUAUGAGGAUAACGAUGAAGCUCACACAAGAUACGCACUUCUAUACCCAGCUGCUUAUGCUAGUGUUUCUGAAAACUGUGCUGGAGAUAUCCAACAACUGUUACCCCACGUCGAGUAUUUAUGUCGUGACAAUUUAGUAGCCGGGUCUGUGGCAUUAUGUAAUAUUUCCCAAAUUUAUCAUUCUGACGUUCCUGAUAUUGCGACUACUGUCACUGCCUCUCAGGCAACAGAAGAAACUGACAAUAGCUCUAAGGAAGAAUCUUUGUCUCCAGAUAUUAUUUAG